AUGGAUAUUCGACGGAAAAAGAAACUGACUUUCCUCACCAUAGGACUAAUUUUUCUUUUUAGCGGUGUAGAAUAUGCUGUCAUAUUACCCACAAUAUGGAGGUAUUUGCAGACUUUAGAAGCGGCACCUUAUUUCUUGGGUUUAGCCCUGUCAGCGUUCAGUCUGAGUGGUCUUUUGGCAGGACCACUGUUUGGCCUCUUGUCAGACAGAACUCAAACAACAAAGAAAAUCAUUUUAGUUUCCAAUCUUUUUGAGAUUGUUGGUAACUUCAUGUACUUCAUUGGCUACUCCAAGUGGCUCUUACUGUCAAGUAGAUUAGUAGCAGGCAUUGGUACAGGUGCUGGCUCAUCCAUUUUUGGCUUCCUGACCCGUAGCACGGCUCCAGAGGACCGGGCCACUGUUUUUGCUGCUGUCAUGGCGUGCCGACAAGCUGGUCUUCUGAUUGGUCCAGCAUUUAACAUUUUUCUAAGGCUGUGUAAUUUUCAUCUUGGUCCUUUUUUUGUCAAUAAAUUUACUGCACCUGGGUUGUUUAUGUUUGUGCUGUGGAUUCUUCUUCAAGUGGCGGUUGUUUUUAUGUACUGGGACUUACCACCUCUAGAAAAGAAGAGAGCCAGUGAUGGACCAAAACUCAAUAGAGAAGAGAAUACACAGGGACCUUUAGAUGACGAGGAUGAAGGUGAGGAGGAGGUGAAACCGCUAAUGUUGUCCCAUGAGCUGGUGGGGUCUUACGGCUCCGUGGUGACGUCUCAUCAAUGCAAGAACCACACCACUUCUUUCUCUGGCGCCUCGCUCAAUCGUAUUCCUUCCCCUCCUGCCUCUCCUGAGCAUUCACACUCCCAGAAGGCCCUUCCACCCUUCAAGAACACAGGCAUAUUCAGAGACUUCCUGAAAGAAGAGGUGGUCGUUCUGCUAUCUGCUCAAUUCAUCACCCUUUUUAAUCAGACCGCUCUUGAGACUAUGGUGACACCCUUAACUCAAAAAUAUUUUAACUUCGGAGAGCUGGAGAACAGCGUGAUGUACUGCUUAUGUGGUGUGGUGGUGAUCGCUGGGUUCCUGUUUGUCCGCUGGCUGAGCCGCCAUGUUGCAGACCGGGUGGUCCUUGCUAUUGGUCUGAUCAUCUGCAACAUCUCCUGUAUUUGGUGCCUCAUAUUCCUGGCUAACCCUUCAGGUGGGUUUUCAUGGCAACUGACAGAGUUCAUCAUCGGGGUGUUUCUACAGGUUUUGGGUUUACCUUUCGUAGCCGUGGCUCAGGUUUCCCUCUUCUCCAAAGUUACUGCUGAGAAAACACAAGGCUUCAGUCAGGGUAUACGCCGCUCGGUGGGGGGUCUGGCUACCAUCCUGGGCCCUCUGUGGGCCGGUGGGCUCACUGACAACAUGUAUAUAAUGAUGGGAGCAAUGGUGGCACUACUGGUACUGCUGACGGUGAUGUUGGCUUUUUCCUAUAACCGGCUGCUGGAACCUUCAGCAGAGCCAAUGGACGCCUCGGACAGCUGCGUUAAGAGCUGCAGGUGUUUGAUGCAGGAAAAACUCUAAGGAAAGAACCCGGGGGCAGACCCAGAACUCACUGAAGAAGUUCUAUAUUCUCUCUGGCCUGGGAGCACCUUGGGUGGUGCUGGAGGAGCUGGAUGUGUCACCAGGGAGAGGGAUGUCUGAGCUUCUCUCCUGGACCUGAUGCCUCUGCGACCCCACCACAGAUAACUGGUAGAAGAUGGAUGGACUUUAAAGAACAGGCUUUCCACCUUAAGCCUAAGGCUUUAAUGCAGGCGCUCUGAACGUUUAAGAUUGAGAAAAUUGGAAGGUUUUUCUUAAAUUUUAAAAUUCACCAAAAAAAAAAAAAAAAAUCUGUAUUUUUUUUUAACC